CUAGUACCCGCAGACGAUUGCCACCGGUGGUCCGAUACACAGACACCGGUGGUCCGGUGGGCGAUCGUGUGCUUGCAGACGUCGUCGAGACGGAGUCUAGAGUUGCCGGAUGGCCACUGGUGGAUGUGCUAUAUAUCGCGGCUCUAUCAACAAACUCGAUAACUGUCUAGCUCCAACCCAAUCCAAAUCUUCACCACAGCGAAAAUGUUCGGCAGCCCCAGCUUCACCGCCGCAGAUAUCCCCGACCAGACGGGGCGCGUGAUCUUCGUCACGGGCGGCAAUACAGGACUCGGAAAGGAAUCCAUCACGCAGCUCGCAAAGAAGAAUGCAAAGCUGUACAUGGCGUCGCGCACGGAGUCGAAAGCUCUCGCCGCGAUCGAAGACAUCAAGAAGCUCGUUCCCUCGGCCGACAUCCACUACGUCCCACUGGACCUGACCUCGUUCGCGUCUAUCCGCGCCUGCGCCAGCACCUUCAUCGCGCUCGAGCCGCGGCUGCACGUGCUCCUGAACAACGCCGGGGUGAUGGCGAUGCCGUACAGCGAGACGACGGAGGGCUACGAGAUCCAAUUCGGCACGAACCACGUGGGACACUUCCUGCUCACGUCGCUGCUGCUGCCCGCGCUCGAAGCCGCCGCCGAUGCGCCCGAUGCCCCCGCCGGCUCCGUCCGCAUCGUCAACCUCUCCAGCUUUGGCCACAACUUCGCAUACAGGGGCAUUAAGCUCGAUGACCUCCAGAACCACCUCAAGAAUGCAAACACCGGAGAGCGAUACGGCGUCAGCAAGCUGGCGAAUAUCCUGCACGCGCGGGAGCUGGCUAGGCGGUAUCCCAAGAUCACUAGUGUAUCCCUCCACCCGGGCAUCAUCAUGAGCGAUCUCUACAACGCCGCGGUCGGCAGCAAUCCUAUCAUGAAGAUGUGGUUCAACACCAUGAGUCUCGUGUGCACGAGCGUUCCCGACGGUACCCUGAACCAGCUGUUCUGUGCAACCGGACCAGUGAAGCCAGAGGAUAGCGGGCAUUAUUAUGUUCCGGUCGGGAUCAAAGAUGAUGACGCGUGGUACACGAGCCGCCCGUCGAAGCUUGCAAGCGAUGAUGCAUUAGCGUCGAGGCUGUGGGAGUGGAGUGAGGAGCAGGUGCGGAAGCAUGCGCCGAUAUCAUCGUGAGCACAGGGGAUCAUUAGAUAGAGGUUCCUAAGUACAUAUGGAGGCGGAUGAUGGCGAUUGCUUGAGCGGAUACUUGUGUUCCGUUGAAUCGAGCGAAUGUACGAAUUGAUAGUACGAAUUGACUCGAUCGCGCAAGUCUAUCAGUACAGUCGCGCGCACUUGCAAUCACUCGUGACAU